UGAUCGAGGUUUGGUAUUGGUAAAACUUCUCUGGUGAACUACAAGUGAGCGGAACCCAAUUGUGCGAGCCCUUGGUACGGCUUUGCGCAAAUAGAAGCUUCCAUUUCUCAGUAACUGCCUGCGAUAGCAGGAUACUAAGGUCAUGGCUCAAAUUAAUUCCUUAAAAAUUCAUGAAUAAUCGAAUUACUAGAGUGCUAGAUACUCGAAGCUGUCCAGGCGUGGUUAGCGUCUCGGCAAGAUCCGCUCCUCAUUAUUUUUAUAUAUUGUCGCGAAAUUUUUCAAAGUCUUUUUUUCUUCUUCAUCCUUCCAAGUUUUAAACAUGUAAGACCCCAACAUCAAAUCCUAGAAAUUUCUGUGCACUUUGCUAAUGUAUAUUCUACAGAUGAUGAAAAGCCAGCGUGUAUUAUUUGAGUACGAUUCCUCCUUUUCAAGCCUGCAAACUCUCCCUUCACCGGGCUUCAGUGGUCUGCUUGCGAGAACUGGAUGGAAGAGUGAAAUAAGCGUUCGACACACCCUCCUUGUUUUUAACGGACGCGAUAAAGGCAUCUCUGAACCCUAAUCCUUGGAAGGCUUCAAUAUUCAUAGUUACCACGCGGUGGAGAAAGCGAUGGAAUGAACCUUUUUAAUGAUCAUCAUCCAGAGCUCAAAUACAUACUUCAUCGACAGCCGCAUUCAUUCAAACUUUUAGUUUCUCAUCAAUCCUACUGGUGUAUUUGUUUUCAUUCAUGCAUUCAGGUGCUGUGCUGGGGAGUGGAAAACGUGUUGGCAUUGCAAGUAAGGGAGCGACAUCUGAAGGACAAUGCAUUCGAAGCGAGGGGAAUAGUUUUGACUUUUGAGGUAGGCAGUAAGGUAGGUAGGUGAUUUUUACACCACAGCCGUGGUACAAUUGAGCAAACAUACCAAGGUAGCAUACAUAUUUCAAGAUAAAUUAAUUAUGAAGUUUCAAUCA